GGGAUCCUGUGACACAGUACCGGACAUCCGUGUUACAGCCUUAUCUUGGCCACCUCAAGGAUAAUCACCAAAUUCUGCCUAAAGGACUGAGAAACGGUGCCUGGAAAAGUGCACAAAGUAAAAAGAUUGGCAAGAUCCUGGUAACAUCCCCGAAGGCAAUCAGGGUAAGAAUAUCACAGCAUGGGCAUGAGUAGCUUGAAACUGCUGAAGUAUGUCCUGUUUUUCUUCAACUUGCUGUUUUGGAUCUGUGGCUGCUGCCUUUUGGGCUUUGGGAUCUACCUGCUGAUCCACAACAACUUCGGAGUGCUCUUCCAUAACCUCCCCUCCCUCACGCUGGGCAAUGUGUUCAUCAUCGUGGGCUCCAUUAUCAUGGUAGUUGCCUUCCUGGGCUGCAUGGGCUCUAUCAAGGAGAACAAGUGCCUGCUUAUGUCGUUCUUCAUCUUGCUGCUGAUUAUCCUCCUUGCUGAGGUGAUCUUGGCCAUCCUGCUCUUUGUAUAUGAACAGAAGCUGAAUGAGUAUGUGGCUCAGGGUCUGACCGACAGCAUCGACCAUUACCACUUGGACAAUAGCACCAAGGCAGCGUGGGAUUCCAUCCAGUCAUUUCUGCAGUGUUGUGGUAUAAAUGGCACGCGUGAUUGGACCAGUGGCCCACCAGCAUCAUGCCCCUCAGAUCCAAAAGUGGAGGGUUGCUAUGCGAAAGCCAAACUGUGGUUUCACUCCAAUUUCCUGUAUAUCGGAAUCAUUACCAUCUGUGUAUGUGUGAUCGAGGUGUUGGGGAUGUCCUUUGCACUGACCCUGAACUGCCAGAUUGAUAAAACCAGCCAGAGCCUAGGGCUAUGAUCUGCAAUUUCCCUGUGUUGGAGAGACUUGUUUCAUCUCUGGAAAUGCAAAACCGUUUAUAGCAUGAAGCCCUAAAUGAUCUCCUGCUGGAUUGUCCUCCUCCCAUCUUGUCCCUUUUUAGGUCCCUGUCAAAAAAUCAGAGAAGAGGGCAUUGGCCAGGCACAUCCCAUCUCAGGCAGCAAAACAAUCUUUCACCCACUAAUGGCAGCAGCCAUGUCUGUCAACGUGGCGAGACUAGUAUCUGAGCAUUUUCUAGACAUGGGAGGCAAAGAGAAACUGGAAGGCCCAAGGUCAAAGGGUGAGCCCAGGACAUGAAUUUUUGCAUCUUCCCAUUGUCCAGUUAGUCUCCAGCCUCUAAAUCAUGCCCAGUCUUCUCCUCAAAGUCAAGGAAGAGACAAGUUGAAGAGAGCUCUGGGGCCAGGCUCACUGGAACACCAUUGUCAAAACUCUGUUUCUGUCUGACUGAGAGCUGUGGCUACAGGAAUUAUCUUGCCCUUUCUCCAAAGGGCAAGAUCUCAUUUCAAUUUCUUUAACAGAGUGCCUUAUUGAUGUUUUCUAAGUCUUUCCAGAAAAAACAAACAAACAAACAAACAAAAAAAAAAACAACAAAAAAAAAACUAUCCAGUGAUUUAUAUCCUGACUUCAACCAGUCACUUAGCUGAUAAUCACAGUAAGAAGACUUCUGGUAUUAUCUCUCUAUCAGAUAAGAUUUUGUUAAUGUACUAUUUUACUUUUCAAUAAAUAAAACAGCUUAUUAUCUCAAUCA